UUACGAACCCCAAAUCACUCCCACCUCUCACCUUGCGGGGCUACAUACUCCACGCUUCUACACUACAUAUCGCGUGGCCCAUAGGAUUGGAUCUCUGACCUGCAGAGGACCUUUCCACACUCCACCUUCUGAUCCGCGCCCAUCCCCCCCCCGUGACCAACCCGAGCAGCUCUUCAGCCGCAUCCCCACGUUUCUCGGCGCCGUCAUUGCAUUAGCAAGAAGCCGGCCGUGGAAGUUGAAUCGUCGUCGCAUUCAGCCCGUCCGAGGGAUCACUCAAAUCCCACGUUGAUCAGCCACCGCUCAACUUUUUACCGACGCCAAACCCCGUCAACGUCAACCUCAUCAACCACCAUGGCGCUGUGCCAGAACCGCUUGCAAGAGGAACGGAAGCAGUGGCGAAAGGACCAUCCCUUUGGCUUCUAUGCCCGUCCCCAGAAGAACCAGCAGGGUGUGCUCGACUUGAAGAUUUGGGAAUGUGGUAUUCCUGGCAAGGAAAAGACAAUCUGGGAGGGUGGUCUGUUCAAGCUGACCGUCACUUUCCCUGAUGAAUAUCCCACGAAACCCCCCAAGUGCAAAUUUGUCCCCCCUCUCUUCCACCCCAAUGUCUACCCAUCGGGCACGGUCUGUCUCUCGAUCCUUAACGAAGAAGAGGCAUGGAAGCCGGCCAUCACGAUGAAGCAGAUCCUACUCGGCAUUCAGGACUUGCUCAACGACCCCAACCCCGAGUCCCCAGCCCAGGCUGAGGCGUACAAUCUCUUCAAGAAAGAUCGUCAGGAGUAUGAACGUCGGAUCAAGCGCGUCGUGCGGGAGAAUGCCGCCCCAUAGAUUGGGAACCCACGACUGUGAAGGUGCUUGGUGAAAAUGAGAGAGCAGUUUUGUUUUGCUGGACUGGGACACGGAGUUUAGGGAUA